GCACACAAGCCAGAGAGAGUUGUAGUCGCGGGAAAAAUGGCGGAAAAUUGUGGUUUCUUCACGUUAUCAUUACCAGCGAUUCAAAACGUUGCAUUUUAAGCCUCAUCCAUUGUCUGCAUGCGUGAGUGUAUCACAGCUCUGGGUUUAGAGAGGAAAGCAAGAUGCAAAAAGAUUCAAUGAACGUUUCCACCUCUGGCCCCAUGACACAGAUUGAAGUUCUUACUCAAGAAUCCCAAAUCAAGUCUCUCAGGUGUAGUCACUGUACACUCCUCUUCAAAUCUAAGGUCUACCUUUUUGAACACCUCCACCAGGUGCAUGGCUUUGAAGUAGAUUCUGCUCUCCGAGAUGCUGGUUUGAAAUGCCCUGGGUCUAACAAAGCCAACACUGAAAACCAUUGCAACAGUUCAGGACAUCAUUUUGAAUGCCAGCACUGUGAUUUUACAGCUUGUAGCCUGGACGUUUUAAACGAACAUGAGAAACAAUGUAACAAAAAUGUUGAAGAUCGGAACGUAAUAGGAAAUCAAAUUAUUUCUGAAAACCCAGAGACCGACAUAAAUGUCAUUUCAGCAAACCAGCACAGUGAAACUGCAGGAGCAAAAGAGAUAUCCUCCAGUUUUUUAGUUAUGUCUACCUCAAAAUCUAAAUGCACACUUAACUCCUCAAAAGAUCUGAAGACAUACAAGAGGCCCUUGCAAACCAUGACCAAGUACUUUGCAGCAGCAUCUGGAUCAAAUGGGAAGUUAGCUGAUGACACAAAGCUUCUAGACAGCACCAAAGGAACCAUACUUUUGCAAGAAUCUCCCUCAAGCCCCAGCCCAAACAGUAGCGGUGUCUUUAAAGUCACUGCCAAACACAACAUGAUUGAUACUGGUGUUUCUCAUCGGUUUUUGCUAACUGAUCACUUCUUAAAUUCUGACAUGAGACCACCAAAGCCCAAGGAACAAUCCAUUGAAACAGUUCCUGACAAUGUUGGCAAAAGGACCAACAAGGAAAGCUCGAAACAUCCUCCUGCUAAAAAAGCAAAGUCAGACAAAAAAGCGACAAAGCUCCCAGAGGACGCAAACGCAAGAAAACAACAAUCAUCAAGCAACGCAGAGUUUUCAUUUGAAGUUAGCGAAGAUGAAGGCGAAAACAAGCUUUGUCUUGUCAAUGGAAACAUGGAAAGCUCAAAGGUUUAUUUUUGUAAGCAUUGUGACUACAGUGAUAUGGACAUCGCAUGCGUGUCUACUCAUUAUCAGAACCACCACCCUUAUGUAAGAUAUAACGCUGCUUACAUUCAGGAUCCAAGUGAUGAGAGUGCUACCUUUCGUUGCCUGCAGUGUCCAGUUGAGUUUGUAAGUGUAGCUUUCCUCAAGAGACACUACUCUGAAAAUCAUCCAGAGGCCCCAAAUGUAUUCACGAUACUAUCACGUGAACUUAAUUUGGUUUUUAAAUGUUUUGUUUGUCCGUUUACCACCAAUGUAUUGAAGGCUUUGAAAGAACAUUACAAGGAAAAUCAUCCAAAGCAUAUAGUGGAUAAUUCCUUGAUGUACUGCAGAUAUUCGGCGACUGGAUGCCAAAAGGGAUCAUCUCAGUCGAAUGCGUGUGAAAAACCACCCAGUCCAGAAAGACAAGGAGGUAUUUCUCCUGAGAGUGCCUGCACACCAUGUAAGGAAGUCCAAAAUGCACCCUCACCCCAACAUCCCACCUCCCCGGGAGCAAACGUGGCCUUGUAUCAUUGCAAUAACUGCAAGUUUAGUCAUAAGUCGGUUGUUGUCAUGCAUGUCCACUACCAAAAAAAACACCCAGGUGAAGAAGUCACAAUAGACAAAAUCAAACAGUCAGCUUGUGUCACAUCGCAUAGAACAUCACAGAUUAUGCCAGUCAAGUCUCCAAACUCUGUGAAAAUAACAGAAAAAUCUGCACCUCAAACGAACAUCUCAGAUUUUUUUAAGAAAGCAAAAGAAAAAGGUGAGCUGUCACAGCGGAAGCAAGCAACAGAAGCUUCUAAGACUCAUUCUGAGUCUCCUAAAACUAAGAAAGUGGACUCUGCAGGGGACCGAAGUAAAAGGAAGAAGUUGCCUACCAAACACAAUAAGGAAGUGUCUGCUAGAAUGGACAGUUUAUCCUGCAGUUCACCAGAUAAAUUGUUUUACUGUCAGUUUUGCAGUUAUUCAAGUACCAAAAUCAAAAGCGUUAUUGGUCAUCAUAAUGCAAAACAUGCUAUGCAUGCACUAACUGGUAUUCAAGAGAUCUUAAUCUAUAGUGCUGAGGUGCAGAAAAAGAAACUUCAAAGUGAAGCUGAGGCCUCAGCAAGUACUACGUCUUCUGAUUCUAAAACUAAUAAACAUGUUGAUGUAUAUAGUGUAAAAGAACUUCAACAUGAAGAGGAUAAGGCAGCAAAUGCUUUGGUGAUGAAGUAUAAUCCUUAUGCAUGUGCAGAAAACUUGUUUUACUGCCAAAAGUGCAACUAUGGAAAUCCAGCUGUAAUUGGAGUAGUGAGCCAUCAAAACCAAGUUCACAGAGACCUUCCUUACAACAGGGAAUGUAUUAUUGAACAUACAGCUAUGAUUCAUGAUGAAAUUGAAAAAUCUAAAACUCAACCAAAGGAGUUGUCCUUUUCAACGUGUCUACCUCUUCCUCUUAUGAAUGAGGGCGAUGAAGAUAUGCUUUUCUGUCACUUUUGCAACUAUAGACAGAGGACUAUGGACUACAUAUUGCGGCAUUACAGCAAAAAACAUCGUGGAUUUGUGGUUAAUAGCGAACACAUCUGUCUGUAUACCUCUAUGGUUCAUGAGAAGACACAGAAAUUGCACCUACAUACAACUGGAAAAAAACAAAAUGUCAAACAUGCAUCCCUAGGGGGAAAAGGAAAUGAAAAAACAAAGAAGCUUGGCAAAUCCUUCUCAGCAUCAGCAUCACCCUCGAUGACAGCCUCACAAACACAGAGGACCCUUCAGUGCCAUAGAUGCCCAUACAGCACUCCAUAUGUAAAUGUUUUGAAGAGGCAUCUAUGGAAAAUCCACAAGGCAAAUAGAUCAGUCACAGAGGUUUUAAGAAUGUGUUUCAAACAAGGAACUUUAAAGGCAGGGUAUCACUGUGACACAUGUGUUUUUUCUCACAAAGAAGCAGCAGCAGUCUAUAAACACUACCAGGCACAACACCCAGGACGUAGACCAAGCCUUGAGUACGUGACUGCUCGGUUGUACGUCGGCGCCGAUACAGGUCCUCCUGAAACGAAGAAACCUCAAAUAAAGCACACCGUUGGUAUUAGUGAUAGUGAUGGCACUGAUGGCAGCUUGCCAUCUCAAAGAUCUGGACAAAAUGGAACCAAGACACAUUCGUGCAGAGCAUGUUCAUUUAAAGAUAGCUCAAUGUCAGGCAUCAUACGCCACUACCAUGCUGUUCAUCCGUGGUCUGUGAAAGAAGACGGCUCUGUCCUGAAUGUCAUCAAGAGGAAGAGACCAAGUGCAAACAGGCAGGCGGAAGACCACAAUGCUAUGCCAGGGUCAUUUGAAUCCUACCAAGAGCCCCUGGAAUUUGACAUGUCACCUGGUUCUCCUAAAGCAACAGCGUCCUCCACAAUGUUCUGGUGCCCUUUCUGUCCUGCAAGAUUUAACAACCAGCACGGUCUCAACGUCCACUGUGGAAUUAAACACCAUGAAGCUGUAACUGAAAAUUCAGAUAAACAGCAAGAGCCGGUCCAAACACGCACGCAUGUCUUUAAGUGUCCACAUUGUACCUACAUCAAUACCCGUUAUCAAGGAAUUCUCACUCACUGCCAGAUGAAGCAUCCUGCCCUCGCAUCCAGGGUGGACAGUCAUCACGUGGAUGAAGCGCGUUUAAACAACGCGGGUGACUGUUUGAAAAUGAAUAGUCCUGGUGGCAAUUUGAGAAAUGGUGGCUACAUGUGUGAAACUUGCCCACAAAUCUGUACAACGCAGAAGAAGCUGAACAAGCACUGCAAGAAGGACCAUACUGAGACUGUGGCAAAAACUGUGCCAAACACACUGAAACCAGCGCCUAAACCAUCGGCUGUGAGUACAAUGAAACCACAUAAGACCCUAAGCAAAAGGGGAUCAGUAUCGCAGGCUUCCUUUUUAAGGAAGAAAACGUAUGCAGCAGUUUCGUGCCAGCACUGCUCUUAUAAGUGCACCACAAAAAUUGCGCUUGGUCGACACUUGCAGGUUCACCACAAGAAUGCAUCAAUGGUAAAGGAUAGCUUCUUAAAAUACUAUGCACCAGUAUACAAGCAGGCCCAUGAGAAGCAACUGGAAAACACUCGUGAGGCAUGUAAAUCUAGCACGACGACAGCGAAAAACAAAAAAUUACUAGUCUACAGGUGUCCAAGUUGUCCCUAUAUCAAUGCAAGCUACCAUGGCAUACUCACUCACUGCCAAAUGAAGCAUCCGGACGUCGUAGCCAGGGCAGAUCAACUUCAAACAGAUGAAAUACUUGUAACCAACAUGGUUAUGUGUUCAACUGGAAAAGCUUCUAAUGAACGAGGUUACAUGUGUAAAAUAUGUCCACUAAUUUAUGCAUCAUUGAAGAAACUGAAAAUCCACUGCGACAGGGACCAUGAUCCGGCUCAGGCAGCAGCUUCGGAACAUUCAGCUGACAUUGAAACUGAGAAGCAACCUGAUCACAGCUGUCAGGGCUCAGCAUUGGAGGCUUCAAAAAGCAAAACCUCAGCAGUGAGCGACACAGAAAUCGGAGUCGGAAACCAGUUGGGCACUCCAGACCCACUUUCAGUACAGAACAAGCAAACGCUGUACAAGUGCCACAUUUGUACCUAUAAAGGAUUCUUCCGCAGAUACCUGCAAAGUCACUACAAAAAGACUCACAAAUUGGACCCACUUGCCAUUUACAAGCUGCUAGAGAAGUACAACAAACGCAAACGACGCAGACCCGGCAAACUGCCUGAAGCUGAAUCUGAGGAAAGUGCACCCAUCAAAUGCAAGAAGUGUCCAGAGUUGAUGUUUGACUCUUCUCAGCUUCUUGCUGCCCACUACAGUAUUUCCCACAGCUCAGAUAGCAUAUUGGACUUCACUGUGUUAUCGCAAGGAUUAAGGAAGGGUAGUACAGGUCUUUACAGGUGUAUCCACUGCAACAAACAAAUGAAUGGAAUCAGAAAGCUGUGGUAUCACCUGGAUUGCCACAGAGAGAGUGAGAGAAAGACGACAAAGGCUGCAAAAACAACAGCAUCACUUGUCAUUACGACAGCACCAGAGGCCAAAUUCAUCAAAGACUGUGGGCAAGAUGAACUUCUCACGUUGGAAACUGUGGAGGAACUGGCCCAGUGGAAUGUGACACAAGUAGAGACCUUAACUUUGCCACCAAGUUCUCUGUCGUCACCUUCGAAACCCACUGAUGUAGAGCAACCACAGCUGGAAUCGAGAGAAGACAAACACCCUUGCAAACAGUGUAGACGGACAUUCAUGUCCCUGAAAGGUUUGCGUUCGCAUGAGCGCAGCCAUGCAGCCGUGGCAGCCAUCAAGAAGCUGAACAAUCUGCCUACCUCAGUAUUAAAGCACAACAUCAACAAAUACGUCCUGUACAAAGUUGGGACUAUAAAGCCUUUCCGAUGUAGCUUCUGUUCCUAUCGGACGACCGUCAUGGGCCUGUGGAGGAGUCAUUUUAUGAAAACACAUCAAGAUGUCAUUUCGGAUCAUGGUGAGACUGACAACCAAGAUGAGGAGAGUGCUCAGAGGGCCGACAAGGAGCUCUUCAGCUUAUCGGAGGAUUUAAACAAUUGGCCUGAACCUGAUGAAGAACCUGAAAUAACUGAAAAAUCACCGUACUUGGAGCCACCAGAUGUGCAGCGACAGUUGAACCACUAUAACUUGAUGGCACAGGCUGAUGCCCCGUCUCAAUCAAAUGUGCAAGAAACCAAGUUACCUGACAGCAGACUUCUUCGAUGUGAGUUAUGCAAUUUCAGUACUGGACACCUGUCUAGUAUGCGACGACACUACCUAAAUCGGCAUGGAAAGAAGAUCCUCAGGUGUAAGGACUGCGACUUUUUCACAGGUUUAAGGAAAACCAUGGAAAUGCACAUGGAGACAGGUCACUCUACAUGCCAGUCAGAACCCACUCAUCAGAAAGACCUCCGCUGCCCUUUCUGCCUCUACCAGACCAAGAACAAGAAUAACAUGAUCGAUCACAUCGUCUUGCAUCGCGAGGAACGUGUUGUGCCAAUAGAGGUGCGUCGCUCGAAGCUGUCGCGUUACCUUCAAGGCAUCGUCUUCCGCUGUCACAAAUGCACUUUCACAAGCGGAAGUGCUGACAACCUGCGUUUGCACAUGACGAGGCAUGAUGACAUCAAACCCUACAAGUGUCGGCUGUGCUACUUCGACUGCACUCGGCUGAGCGACUUGGAGGCACACCUGAGUGAUAAACAUCAGGUUGUGAGGAAUCAUGAGCUUGUGGGUCAGGUCAGCCUUGAACAGCUACAAGCAAGGGUUGAUAGGAUGCCGGUAGAGGAACCUUCGUCUAACUUGGAGCACCACUACAAUGUCAGUGAGGAUGUAGAAACAGAAGAGUUUGUCACUGACUGUGAUGAAGUUCCGCAUGAGACACAAGCUCAGAACCCGGCAGAAAAUAACAUGAGGGAGAAAGUUACACUACAGAGCAAGGAAGCAUAUCAGAAAAAAGGCCAGGACCGAAGGAAAGAAGAAAGCCCUGCCAAGAGCUCUGUGUUGGACCUUCAGUAUGAAAACACAAAACCAAACACUUCUGUCCAAGAGAAGCAUGAGCAAGAACCACAACAACAAGAUGUUGUGGUCUUGCCAGCACAACCAGAUAUUGAGGACAGCAGCAUAACGUUCACACAACAAAAGGUGGAGGCAGCUGAUAAGAGCUCACCAACAUUUGGUAAAAUAGCUAAAGAAGUACAGGCCCACAAGCCACAUAAUAAAAAUCUGGAGCAUAAAACGUUGAGCAUCGAGGCUAGGGUAGAAGAUGAUAUACUUCGCAAUAUCCGACUGCUGGAUGAGGAUGGCAGGAUCAACAACACACACAAGAAGGCAGAUCAGGAUAGAACGGUUAAGACAGAGGACAUUGAGACUGAAGUUGUAGAUUGUGUUCGAAAUGAGAUGAUAUUACUGGAUGAAAAGGGCAGCAUCAUUUUGGCCCACAACCCAAAAAAUCAAGUUAAUACGGAGGUCAUUUCAGCCUUUGCAAAGAAAGAACAUAUACAGGCAAAUAACAGCACGGCUCAAGAAAGUUUUACAGUUAAAAGGCAUUUGUCAACCCCUCCGCCCACCUGUGAACUACAUAUGAUAGGGCAUAAGGAGAGCUUAGGUGUCUCAUUUACAAACUGCAAAAAAGAACAACUACACAAUCUGAUAAUCAGUAAGGAGGUAAGAGACCCCUAUCAAGAAAUGCCUGUACUUGAGAAUGAAUAUCUCAAAGAAGAAAUGCAGCCUCAUGGUUGUUGCAAGAUGGAAGAUCAGAUUGAUCAUGUAAAGCGAAAUCAGGACAAAGAAGACGAGAUGAUCACUGAAGACGAUGAGAACAAAUGCCCAAAUCAGAAACAUGAGGGUGACGUGAUGAAGGAAGCUGGUAAUCCACAUGUGCCCAAAGGUGCACUCACAGUCACAGAUGGAGCUGGUGAAGUCCUGUGCCCAGCAGCUACUGAAGACAAACUGUUUACCUGUGAGUUUUGUGGACGAAACCUCAUGAACGGCUCUGAACUGCAGCGUCACAUCAUGCGACAUGGAAUAUAACGUUUUUCUUUAUGUUGUGGAUGGAUAUUUGGUGUGGGAUGGGAAGCUAGAUUUUACUUUUUUAAUAAACCAUCAUCUUCUCUCUAACUGUACUCUUUAAAUCUGGACAACCUGGUUACGAACUAAAAUGUUUUGUAGAUUUUAAACCUUUUCUAAUAAAACGUUUUUAUUGUACAGCUGCUAUGUAGGAUUUAAUUUGUUGUGUUCAGCAAAUACAACUUUAGAGCCAAGAUGGUUGAUCUUAUUGCUGUUUAAAGAUCAUGUAUAUUCAUGGAUAACUAAUGCAAAGAUCCUCUUUUUUUCUAUUCAUGUUUUGUGAAAGGAGAUGCUAAUCAUUCAUACUGUAAAACAUGCAAAAAACUUUA